AUGGAGAAGCAAGAAAUAUUUACCAACUUACACUACUUGCCGAUUUUUAUAUUUGUUUCGGUACCUGCGAGUUUUAUUAUCACAUAUACUAUUGCGGUUGUAAAAGGCCAUGUUGUCCCAGGAUUUCCUUACAUUUCGGAUACGGGCACUUAUCCACCAGAAAGUUGUUUAUUUGCACAAUUUUUAAAUAUUAUUGCUGUUAUAAUGGCUAUUUCUGUCUAUGUUAGAUACGGUCAAUUGAAAGAAAUUUCUUCAACCUAUCAAUUGUCAGCGUACUGGCAAAAAAUAAAUAAAAUUACAUUGAUCCUUGGCAUGAUUACAUCAAUUGGAAUGUCUAUAGCUGGAAAUUUUCAAGAAACUUCCAAUUUAAUUAUACAUUUAUGUGGUGCUUUUACAUGUUUUGGCUGUGGGACUGCUUACAUUUCGUUACAAGCAGUCUAUUCAUAUCGACUUCAACCUUUAGGCUGCUCACCGAAAAUAACAAUUUUAAGACUGGGAUUAUCGAUUUUUUGUACUAUUAGUUUCUUCGUCGUUAUUAUUGGAGCUGGGCUUGCAUUAAAAGAUUACAAAGGAAACAAUCCGAGGACAUGGUCUCCGGAGGACGGUGGUUGGGAAAUGCAUCUUCUCAGUACAAUCUCCGAGUGGCUUCUCGCUAUUGCGAUUUGUAUAUUUCUUCUAAGUUUCACCCACGAAUUUCGCGAAAUAGAAAUGACUUAUCCUAAGAUAACUUACAAAGAAGACUACGCUAAAAAAAUGUACGGCCUAUUCAAUGCAUCACCAGAGUCAAUCAGUCCAACAACAAAAUCACAUCAAACAUCUUCGACUUCAGCAGGUUGCCAGACAAUUUACGGGACUUUGACUCCGGAAAAAAGUGAUAAAUUAAAUUUUAAUAACGGUGCGACUGAUAAAUUUGAAAAAUCUUCCAUAAAUUAUGAAUUUGAGUUACCCCGUAGCGAUAGUUGUAGUAAAAUAAUAAAUUGUUUAACCGAGUCAGAUAAUCAAGAUUAUAAUCAAAUUUUCUUAUCGGACCUGGAUGAGGAUAAAAUGCUAUUAAGCCACAAUAAUAUUGAAAUUAGAAGCACAAGUAACAGCAGUAGCACCGAUAAUUCAAUAGCGGCUUCCAUAAAAAGCGACGAGGACAUCGAUACCGAAUUGAGUUGCUGUGAUAUAGAGCAGUGUUUAAUUCAGAUUGAAGAAAGCCUAUUGAAUAUCGAACAAAAUUUACUUCACGUUCAAAAUCUUGAGAUACCACAGCUCAAUAAUUUACUGAACAACCGAUUUAUUAUCAACAAUUACAAUCGUAAUAAUGAUUACGUAAAUAAAUACCAGAUAAAUCCUCUGAGUACUUACAAACGGCCUUCUAGUGAAAACUCAAAAUAUAAUUACAGCAAUUAUUUUGAUAAUAAUAGUACCAGCUCGUUGGUUAGAAGCUGCUUGAGGCUUUCACACUCGGACAGUGAUAUCGACAUUGAGAAGAAUAUUUAUUUAAAUUCACCUCGGCACGAUUGUCGUCUGGAUAACGAUGAUUUUAGCUACAAUAAAUAUUCCUCUUUGUUGAAGAAAUCUCAGACUUUGAUUGAGGAUAAUUUUAAAAAAAUUCAACUGCUCAGUGAAAUAAAAAGUGACUUUAUUAAUUUGAAUUGUAGUGAUAGUUUAGGUAGAUCUGUUAAGUUGAUAAAUAGUAAAAAUUUGUGCAAUUCAUUUGAUAAUAAUGGUUGUAAUAGUUUUAAGGAUAAUGAUAAUGACUAUGAUAAUGAAGACUAUGAUAUUACGAGGGUUAAAGAAAUUUUGGGUAAGAAGAAACGUAUUAAUUCGUUAAGUAAUUAUUUUUGUAAGAGUAAUAGUAUUUCUUCUUCUUCGUUGAUAAAUAGUAGAAAAACUUCAUCGCAGGGUGCUAUUGAAAAAUAUACGCGUGAUAAUGGAUUCAAAGUCAGGAAGAAGAGACGCGAUAUUUGCAGGAGAAGUAUUAAUAAUACUUCCAGUGAUGGGUUGUUGAAUCAAAUAAAUGGUAAAAGUGACUUACUGAGGAAGAAAUUUAAAACUGUCGCGACGACAAAGGAUAUUGUUAUGUCCUUCAAAAAAUUGCAAGCCUGUAAUAGCAAGGGAAGAAAUUUAAUGAUCCAGGAUUUUGAUUGCGAGACCAAGAAUGAAGAUGAUAAAAAGAAGGUGAUUGACAAACCAUUGAAGAAUUCCACAAAAAAUCAAUUGCAAGCGAAUGAUAAUAAUGCUCUGGUGCCGAGUAAAUUGUUGUCAUUGUCUUUUUCACUGUUGUUAGCGGCUUUACUUCAAGCGGUGCGUUGUCUUGCUGAUAUCGUUGAAGACACAUUUCGCUCGGUUACUUUUGAUAAGUAUGUUUUACGCGAAUAA